CACUUGCAUUCAAACGCAAGUUGCUCUGCGUAGCCAGCUCUCCACACUGCCUGCUCAUUUCCACACACUACUGCAGAAGAGAGUGGGACGGGAUUUGGAGUUUGGAGUUGUCGCCUGCGGCCUUCCACCUUCCCGCCGUUUGCUUCCUGUCAGGCAGAGCCAUUUGCUGUGUGCUUAUUGCUCAAGGCAUUACAAGCGGCCGCAGAGCAUCCCCUGAAAAUUCUAGAGAAAGAGAGGAGGAAGAAUGGCGGACAGUUGGGAGGACGAUGAUUUCGAGCCCGCGGCGCCCGUCGCUCCCCAGCCCCCGGUGAAGGGAGCGUGGGACGAUGAGGAAGAGGAGGAGGAAGAAGUGAAGGAGACAUCGGCAGAUAAACCGGCUGCGGCCGCUAAACCGAAGAAGGAUAAGAAGCCAAAGGCAGCCCCAAAGGAUGAGACGCUUGCAGACCCAGUUGCAGAGAAGCUUCGGCAACAAAGAUUGGUCGAAGAAUCGGACUUCAAGGCGACGAAAGAGCUGUUUGGGGGUGACAAGGAGGAGCGAAGUCUCGAGGGCUUCAUCCCAAAGACCGAGGCCGACUAUCUUGAAUACGCCACGCUUGUAGCAGAAAAGGUUACUCCCUUCCAGAAAAGCUUCCACUACCUAACGAUGCUAAAGCAGCUGUCACGUGUCGCUUCGGAGCCCUUGAAAGGCGCCGACGUGAAAGAUCUAGCAUCCGCGUUGACCGUUUUGGCCAACGAGAAACUUAAGGCGGAAAAGGCGGCGGAAAAGGGGGGCACCAAGGCGAAAGCAAAAGCGAAGCGGGAGCUCAAGGUUGAUGCUGCGGACAACGACUAUGGAGCUGCCGGAACCUACGACGAUCCAGACGGUUAUGACUUCAUGUAGGGGGCCUAGAAACCGCCGGUCAAAUUUGUCAACCAAUGUCACCAUGAUCUGUCUAACGGAAGAGUCUAGUCCACUUCGAUGUGUCCAACAUCGAUGCACGCACUCUAAAUACCAUCAGCAAUGGCUAGCUUCGUGAUUGCGCUGCUAAUGCUGCAUAUGACCAGAAGAGAAGAGGGAACAACUGAUUGCGACACUCCCAGCUUGUGUCCGAGUCUAGCCCCAGCUCAAGGGGUUUGACGAACAAUAUAGCUAGGGAUUUCAAUGAAAUACGUGUCUGCACUGUGGCAGAAGCUAUAAUGAGUACGGUAUGGCCGCCCUUAUAUGAAGCUUGCGUCAGGACCUGCUUGAUUAUAAGACUCAAGAGGACUCGAGCUCCUAAGUUUAUAUGCACAUGCAUAUAUAGCCUGCCGCCGCAAUUGCACUUCAUUUAAGAGGAUUGUUUAUGGAG